AACAUUGCGCCCCCAGUGGACACUUUCAUUUUAAAUAAAAGGGUUUAAGCAUAAAGGAGUUCACUCGUCAUAUAGCGGUAACAUUGUACUGAACCUGUAUUUUCCGACACUGAAUGCGUUGCUAUAUUUACAUAUUUGUUUGAAAAAGACCAGAAUUACCGUUAUUUAAAACUAAUAAUCCAAUGCAAAAGAAACACAAAUCACCCCUAGCCGCUAGAGGCGCUAUAACAAUAUCUUAGCAUUCGGUGCCUCUUCAAUGACGUAUGGAAAAAUAACCCACGUCUCCGAGAGCUGUCCAGGAGCUGUUGGCAGCUAGAUUUUUUUUAUUUGUAGGCAUGGGUAAAUUAAUAUGCGGGUUUCUUCCAAACGAUCUAAAAACCAUUUUCUUUUCAUUAUCCGUUUUAUUUCGACUAUCACUCGGUACAGAACUGAGUGUGGUGACUUGCGGAUCAGUCAUUAAGCUGUUAAAUCUUAAGCACAAUGUGAGACUGCACUCGCACGACGUACGGUACGGCUCCGGUAGUGGGCAGCAGUCUGUAACAGGGGUGACAGCAGUGGAAGACAGCAACAGUUACUGGAGUGUCCGUGGGACGAGUGACACCUUUUGCCAACGGGGCACUCCGGUAAAGUGUGGGCAGACAAUCCGCCUCACUCAUGUCAACACAGGCCGAAACCUGCACAGUCACUAUUUCUCCUCACCCUUGUCCUCUAACCAGGAGGUGAGUGCCUUUGGUGAGGAAGGGGAAGGCGACCACCUGGAUGAGUGGACAGUUCAGUGUGGUGGAACAGUGUGGAAACGUGAGGAGGCGGUCCGUUUCCGCCACAAGGCCACAGAAGCACUGCUGUCAGUGACAGGGGAGCAGUACGGACGGCCAAUCCACGGUCAGAGGGAAGUUCACGCCAUGUCUGGACCCAGCCAGCACAGCCUGUGGAAGGCUAUGGAGGGCAUCUUCAUGAAGCCCAGUGAGAACCUGGCUGCCAACCGACACUACAGCCACCCACACACAGAAUUCUAAUCUUUUCUUUUCUUUCUUUUCUCACUUGCAUUCUUUUCUACCAGGGCUGAACGAGAAGCAAAACAAACUGUCAUAUGAGCCAUAGUUUUACUGGACUUCUUUUUCUUAUUUUAGGAAAUAUUUCUCAACAUUUUCUUGGAUACAUCAACAAACAUGAUUGUCUACAUUUGAUUUGUGUCUACAUCAAUCUUUAGUGUCCAUGUUUUAAUAGUAGCGAUUCAAAUAUUUCAUUUAAUAAGACAAUGCAGCUGUUGCAAUUUGGAUAUUGCACUUUCAUUCUUUGAAAUGACAGUAACUGUGGUUCAUUUUCAGUUAAAGUUCAGCCUGACUGUUUAGCUUUUUAUUCAUAUUCUCACUGUUCUAUCCGUUUUACUGGCAGCAACCAGUGGAUGUUUUUCUGAUUUACUUUUGAAUUUUAUUUCCUGAAGAGACUUUGCCAAAAUCUUUUAUCAUUCAAGAUGCAAUAGUUACGUUUCCUUGCAUUCCGACCUCUCGAAUUCACAACAGUAUUUGAAUUUCCAUUGUAAAAAUGUUAAACUGAUUUCGACACAGUGCCUCAUCAGCAAGUCAUUGUAGCACCACUUGUUUAAUUUGUCCACUGGAUCGAAACAAUAGUGAACAGCUGCUUCAGAUCCCACCACCAGAUUGAGAUUGAUUGUCUCUGUUCUUUUGACGUCUCUUAAAUAUCACUUACCUUGUUAUUCCCACCAUCAGGCUACGUAUUGAGUUGAGAAAAAAAAAAAUACUGUUGUACCUUCAGAAGUCAAACUGCCACUGCCACACUACAAUUGUUUUAUCAUAUGAACACUUGCUGCCUUGUGAAUGUACAACAACAGAAGUAUUAAAGGUUCAGUUUACGUGUACAAGCAGUUGAUGUAAGAGGUAUGUCUUUGAGCUGUCUCUCAGUUACACUACACUCAUCCAGUAUUAUUAUUACUAUUUUAAUUAAUCAUUUUCAUCAUAAGCGUUAAAAUGCAAAACCACUGUACGGAUUCUUUAAAUGAAAUAUUUUUUUCAAAUCUGUUAUUCAGUAGAUUCACCAGUUGGCCUGAAUUGGUCAUUAAAUUGUAUGUAAUGUUUGUUACAGCGGUGCCUUAAUUAUUAUUACUUUGUGGAGCCCUGUAAGACUUUGAACAAUUUUUCCUUUUUAUUGUGUUUAAUGAUGUUUUCAAGCCGCAUUCUUCUCAAACAGUGAUGGGCAGUGUUACCUAGUUAACUAGUGUUAACUAAUUAUUUUCAGAUUCAGUGCAGCAAAUAAUGACCCUGCACUAACUGACAUCAGAGAACAAAGCACUUGUUUUUUUCUCUGGUGGUAUGUUUUUAUUCAGAUUGAGAAUAAUCCUGUUUAUUCUCAGUCAUUUUCCAGGUGCUAGGACGAGGGGUUUUGCUUACAAUCAUGUCAUUUAUGUAUGAAAGUGUAAGAACAAAUGUGGUUUUAGUUUCAUAUGGGAAGAAAAAUUACAAUAAAAUACCUCACAAAGAUGUCUGGA